AAUAAUGGCUACUCAGGGCGCUCGCAGGGGCUGCUGAGAAGGAAACGCGGGGCGAGAGAGGCGCGGCGCGCGCGGGAGCGCGAGAGAGAAAGGAGCGAGCCCGUGAGCGGCGACGGAGAGAAAGGAAUCGGGAAUCGUGCGAGCGCUCACAUUUUUUUCUCCCAAGGAUCUCAUCUGGCCGCCGCGUUCUGGAAGAAGCGAGGGGGACAGCCGGCGCGCCGGGAGGAGAAAGACUGCCUGGGGACGGGGAGACGGCGGGACGCGCAGCGCCGGCGCUCGGGAGACCCGGGAGGAGCCCGCAGACAACCGGCCCAAGUCAUGCAGUCUUUUCGAGAAAGGUGUGGUUUCCAUGGCAAACAGCAGAACUACCCGCAGACCUCGCAGGAGACACCGCGCCUGGAGAACUACAGGCAGCCGGGCCAGGCCGGGCCGAGCUGUGACCGGCAGCGGCUGCUGGCCAAGGACUACUACAGCCCGCAGCCAUACCCCGGCUACGAGGGCGGCGCCGGCACGCCCGCCAGCACCGCCCGGGCCGGCAAAGGCCUGCCCUCGCAGCAGGUCCUGCCGGGGAGGCCGGCGUUCUCCGGCUACGGUGUCCAGGACGGCAGCCCUUACCCAGGCCGCUACGCAGGCGAGGAAGGCCUGCAGGCCUGGGGGACCCCACAGCCGCCGCCCCCCCAGCCACAGCCCCUGCCGGGGGGCGUGGGCAAAUAUGAGGAGAACUUGAUGAAAAAGACAGCAGUGCCCCCGGGCCGACAGUUCCCCGAGCAGAGUGCCCAGCUGCCCUUCCGGACUCACUCCCUGCAUGCCCAGCCCCAGCCGCCAGCGCCCCCGCAGCCCCUGGCCUACCCCAAGCUCCAGAGGCAGAAGCUGCAGAAUGACAUUGCUUCUCCCCUCCCCUUCCCCCAGGGCAGCCCCUUUUCCCAGCAGUCACAGUCCUUCCCCACCUCCUCCACCUACUCCUCCCCCGGCCAGGGUGGCGGUCAGGGGGCCCACUCCUACAAAAGCUGUACGGCACCGUCCGCCCAGCCCCAUGACAGGCCACUCACUGCCAGCACCAGCCUGGCCCCAGGGCAGGGAGUCCAGAGCCUCCAUGCCUAUCCGUCUGGCCGUCUCAGCUACAACCAGCAGAAGCAGCAGCAGCAGCAAGCUCUUCAGAGCCGACACCAUGCCCAGGAAACCCUCCAUUACCAAAACCUCGCCAAGUACCAACACUACGGGCAGCAGGGCCCGGGCUACUGCCAGCCGGACGCGGCCAUCCGGACGCCAGAGCAGUACUACCAGACCUUCAGCCCCAGCUCCAGCCACUCGCCCGCACGCUCCCUGGGCCGCUCUCCCUCCUACAGCUCCACCCCGUCACCGCUGAUGCCAAACCUGGAGAACUUUCCCUACAGCCAGCAGCCGCUGAGCGCCGGGGCCUUCCCUGCGGGCAUCGCCGACCACAGCCACUUCAUGCCCCUGCUCAACCCCUCCCCGACGGACGCCGCCGGCUCUGUGGACGCACAGGCCAGCAACUGCAAGCCUCUGCAGAAGGACAAGCUGCCCGAGAGCCUGCUGUCGGACCUCAGCCUGCAGAGCCUCACGGCGCUGACCUCGCAGGUGGAGAACAUCUCCAACACAGUCCAGCAGCUGCUGCUCUCCAAGGCCGCCGUGCCGCAGAGGAAGGGUAUCAAGACCCUGGUAUCCAGGACCCCGGAGCAGCACAAAAGCCAGCACUGCAGCCCCGAGGGCAGCGGCUACUCAGCCGAGCAGGCGGGCACGCCGCUGUCCGAGCCGCUGAGCAGCACGCCGCAGUCCAGCCACGCCGAGCCACCCGAGGCCGACUACCUGAGCGGCUCCGAGGACCCCCUGGAGCGCAGCUUCCUCUACUGCAACCAGGCCCGCGGCAGCCCCGCCAGGGUCAACAGCAGCUCAAAGGCCAAGCCCGAGUCCGUGUCCACCUGUUCCGUGACCUCGCCUGACGACAUGUCCACCAAGUCUGACGACUCCUUCCAGAGCCUUCACGGCAGCCUGCCGCUCGACAACUUCUCCAAGUUUGUGGCCAGCGAGCAGGACUGCCCGCGGCUGCUGCUGAGCGCCCUGGCGCAGGAGGACCUGGCCUCUGAGCUCCUGGGCCUGCAGGAGGCCAUUGGCGAGAAGGCCGACAAGGCUUGGGCCGAGGCCCCCAGCCUUGCCAAGGAUGCCAGCAAGCCGCCCUUCUCGCUGGAGAACCACAGCGCCUGCCUGGACUCCAUGGCCAAGAACGCGUGGCCACGGCCAGGCGAGCCCGAGGCCCUGCCUGAGCCCUUGCAGCUGGACAAGGGCGGCAGCACCAAGGACUUCAGCCCGGGCCUGUUUGAAGACCCCUCUGUGGGCUUUGUCACCCCAGACCCCAAGAAGACCACGGGUCCCCUCUCCUUCGGCAACAGGUCCACCCUCGGGGCUGCCGCCUCAGACCCCAGCGCGGCAGCUUUUGACUGCUUCCCAGACACAGCCGCUGCCAGCGCAGCAGACAGUGCCAACCCCUUUGCUUGGCCCGAGGAAAACCUGGGCGAUGCGUGUCCCCGGUGGGGGCUGCACCCCAGCGAGCUCACCAAGGGCUUGGAGCAGGGCGCGAAGGCCGCGGACGGCGUCAGCAAGGAGGAUGCGCACGAGGCUUCGGCCUGCCUGGGCUUCCAGGAGGAGGAGCCCCCUGGGGAGAAGGCCGCCGUGCCCCGGGACGCCCAGCAGGAGGAGGCGGGCGGGGCGAAGGAGGAGACGGGCGGGCUGCUGCAGUGCCCGGAGGUGGGCAAGGCUGACGCGUGGCUGGGGGACAGCCGGCACUGCUGUUCUGCCGCCGACUUUGGGGACCUGCCGCUGCUGCCGCCCGCCGGCAGGAAGGAGGACCUGGAGGCCGAGGAGGAGUACUCCUCCCUGUGUGAGCUCCUGGGCAGCCCCGAGCAGAGGCCCGGCCUGCCGGACCCGCUGUCGCCCAAGGCCCCGCUGAUGUGCACCAAGGAGGAGGUGGAGGAGGUGCUGGACCCCAAGGCCGGCUGGGGCUCCCCAUGCCACCUCUCCGGAGAGUCCGUCAUCUUGCUGGGCCCCACUGUGGGCACCGAGUCGAAGGUCCAGAGCUGGUUUGAGGCCUCCUUGUCCCACAUGAAGCCUGGGGAGGAAGGGCCCAGCGGGGCCUUGGCUGCGGGGGACCCCGCCACACUGGCCCCGGAGGCCUCCUUGGCCCAGAAGCCAAACAAGCCUGCUGUUCCCGAGGCACCCAUCGCUAAGAAAGAGCCCGUGCCACGUGGCAAGAGCUUACGGAGCAGGCGGGUGCACCGGGGGCUUCCGGAGGCCGAGGACUCCCCAUGCAGGGCGCCGGUUCUGCCCAAAGACCUCCUGCUCCCCGAAUCCUGCACAGGGCCCCCCCAGGGACAGAUGGAAGGGGCUGGGGCCCCAGGCCGGGGGGCCUCGGAAGGGCUCCCCAGGAUGUGCACCCGCUCUUUCACAGCCCUGAGUGAGCCGCGCACGCCCGGACCUCCAGGACUGACCACCACCCCUGCCCCACCAGACAAGCUGGGGGGCAAGCAGCGAGCUGCCUUCAAGUCUGGCAAGCGGGUGGGGAAGCCCUCCCCCAAGGCGGCAUCCAGCCCCAGUAAUCCGGCCGCCCUGCCCGUGGCCUCCGACAGUAGCCCCAUGGGCUCCAAGACCAAGGAGACCGACUCUCCCAGCACCCCCGGCAGGGACCAGCGCUCUAUGACCCUCCGGUCCCGCACCAAAGCCCAGGAGGCCUUCCACUGCAAGCGGCGGCGGCCCUCGGAAAGCCGGGUCCCUGCCUGCCGCGCUGCCAAGAAGCUGCUUGCCAACAACCACCUGCCUGCCGCGUUCACGGUCUCGAGCAGCCCCCAGAAGGAGGGCAGGGCCGGUCAGUGGGCAAGGGUCCCCAAGCCCAGCGCAGGCGGCAAGCUCUCUGACCGGCCCCUCCACGCGCUCAAAAGGAAGUCAGCCUUCGUGGCACCAGUCCCCACCAAGAAGCGGAACCUGGUCUUAAGGAGCAGUGGCGGCGGCAGCGGUGCUGGUGGCAGCCGGGGGGACGUGAAGGAGGAGGGGGCUGAGGGCUCCCCCACCCUCUUCAAGAGGAUGUCUUCUCCCAAGAAAGCCAAGUCCACCAAGGGCAGUAAUGAGCCCACCUUGAAGCCCCUGCCCCCAGAGGCCCCAGACACCUGUCUCAAGAUGGCUUCACGGGUGGCCUUUCCGGGGGCCAUGAAGACCAAGGUGCUGCCGCCCCGGAAAGGCCGGGGCCUGAAGCUGGAGGCCAUCGUGCAGAAGAUCACCUCGCCCAGCCUGAAAAAGUUCGCGUGCAAAGCGCCCGGGGCCGCGCCUGGGAACCCUCUGAGCCCGCCCCUCUCCGAGAAGGACCGGGGGCCCAAGAGUGCCCGAGGCAGCCCCGUGGGGGCAGAAGGGCUCCUAAAUGUGGGCACCGGGCAGAAGUUCCCCGCAGCUUCAGGGACUGACCCGUUUUGCAGAAAUACGGCCAACAGAUCCUUAAAAGGCAAACUCAUAAACAGUAAGAAACUGUCCUCGAGUGAUUGUUUCAAAACCGAGGACUUCAUGUCCCCAGAGGCCCUGUCACCUGGGGGGUCAGCCCUGGCGCCGAAGAAGAGAAGCCGGAAGGGCCGGGCUGCAGCCCUGGGACUCCCCAAAGGCCCCCUGGAGAAGCAGCCCCAUCUGGGCCCCACGCUGCUCUUGGCUCCCCGAGACAGGGCCCACAGCAUGCAGGGGGGCGGUGAGGACAGCUCUGGUGGGGGGAGCAAGAAGCCAAAGAUGGAGGGGCUGGGUCUGGCCCCCCAGCCCCCCGACGGCCGGUCCUGCCAGCCCCAGGUGAGGGCGCAGAAGCAGCCAGGCCACGCCAGCUACAGCAGCUAUUCCAAGCGAAAGCGUCUCACACGGGGCCGCGCCAAGAACGCCGCCUCCUCCCCCUGCCAGGGGCGUGCCAAGCGGCGGCGGCGGCAGCAGGUGCUGCCCCUGGACCCCGCGGAGCCUGAGAUCCGCCUCAAGUACGUUUCCUCGUGCAAGCGGCUGCGAGCAGACAGCCGCACCCCAGCCUUCUCGCCCUUCGUGCGGGUGGAGAAGCGAGGCGCGUUCACCACUGUGUGCACUGUUGUCAACUCCCCUGGGGAGGAGCCCAAGCCCCCCCGGAAGCCAUCCUCCUCGGCCUCCUCUUCCUCGUCCUCAUCCUCCCUGGACGCAGCCGGGGCCUCCCUGGCCACACUCCCUGGGGGCCCCGUCCCACAGUCCCGGCCCUCUCUGCCCCUCUCCUCCACCAUGCACCUGGGGCCUGUGGUUUCCAAGGCCCUGAGUACCUCUUGCCUUGUUUGCUGCCUCUGCCAAAACCCGGCCAACUUCAAGGACCUCGGGGACCUCUGUGGGCCCUACUACCCUGAACACUGCCUCCCCAAAAAGAAGCCAAAACUCAAGGAGAAGGUGCGGCCAGAGGGCGCCUGCGAGGAGGCCUCACUGCCCCUCGAGAGAACACUCAAGGGCCUUGAGUGCGCAGCUGCCGCCGCCACUGGAAAGGCCCCCAGGCCCGACGGCCCAGCUGACCCGGCCAAGCAGGGCUCACUGCGCACCAGUGCCCGGGGCCUGUCCCGGCGGCUGCAGAGCUGCUACUGCUGUGAUGGCCGAGGGGACGUCGGCGAGGAGGUGGCCCCGGCUGCAGACAAGGCCCGCAAGCAUGAGUGCAGCAAGGAGGCAGCGGCAGAGCCCGGCGGGGACACGCAGGAGCACUGGGUGCACGAGGCCUGUGCUGUGUGGACGGGCGGGGUCUACCUGGUGGCCGGGAAGCUCUUUGGGCUGCAGGAGGCCAUGAAGGUGGCCUUGGACAUGACCUGUUCCAGCUGCCAGGAAGCCGGGGCCACCAUUGGGUGCUCCCACAAAGGAUGCGUCCACACCUACCAUUACCCGUGUGCCAGUGACGCAGGUUGCAUAUUCACCGAAGAUAACUUUUCUUUGAAAUGCCCCAAGCAUAAGAGGCUUCCAUUGUAACCCACCCCGGCCGCAGGGGAAGCCGCCGGAGCCGCCCGCCCUCCCGCCGAAGGAGAGGGGUCGUCUGUACAGGCCUUUGAGCAGCUCCCAGAGCCGAUCCAGGAUCCAGACCCGGAUCUUGGACUGGCUGCCUAGGGCUGAACCGUGCGGUCCCUGGUUGGGAAGAAAACACGUUCCGGAGCCACUGCUCCCGGAACUGGACAACACAGCGUUUCUGCCCACACCCCUGGGCCAGGCUUGGAAAGGGGGAGCCCACAGAGUGGCCAGACUCCUUGGGGUACCCAGGUUCUGACAGGGGUGGGAGACUCUUUAGCCUGGGCACAGCUUCU